CGCGUCCGUCACUUUACGCGGCAUUUGCGAUCCAACACCAAACCACAAGCCUCAAACAUUCCACAGCGUCCCAUAAACAUCACCAUCACCAAGUUACCUCCCUUGCCCCGUCGCAAAUACUCCCCAUCCACCCCAGACUGCCACACCACCAACCCCCCACAAUGCUCCUCCUCGGCCUCACAGGCUCCAUCGCAACCGGCAAAUCCACCGUCUCGACUCUCCUGCGCGCCGCCCCGUACUCGCUCCCGAUAAUCGACGCCGACCUGAUCGCGCGCCAAGUCGUCGAGCCCGGGACACCCGGCUACAACGCAAUCGUCUCGUACUUCGCGCCGAGCACACCCGACCUGCUUCUCUCCGACGCCUCGCACCCGCGGGGGCGACCGAUCAACCGCCCAGCUCUCGGGCGCCGCGUGUUCGGCGCUGGCGCCGACAAGGAAAAGGACAGGAAGGCGCUGAAUGCCAUUGUCCACCCCGCGAUCAGGAGGGAGAUGUACAGGCAGAUGAUCUGGGCGUAUUUGCGCGGCAACUGGGCCGUUGUGCUGGACGUGCCGCUACUGUUCGAGAGCGGGUGGGAGCGGUACUGCGGGUCGAUCAUCGUCGUCGGCGUUAGCGAUCCGGCGAUACAGAUCCAGCGCCUGCGCGCACGGGAUGCGCACUUAACCGAGGAGGAUGCGCGGAAUCGGGUCAUGAGCCAGGGCGAUAUACGGGAGAAAGCAGAGCGGUGCCUGCGGCGGGGCGAGGGGAAGGGCGUAGUGGUGUGGAACGAUGGUGAUAAAGCGCAUCUGGAGCGCGAGGUCAAGCGGGUCAUGGAUGAUGUGCGCGCGAGGAGCCCGUGGUGGUGGGGGAAGCUGCUGUGGGUGCUUCCGCCGCUGGGACUGGUGAGUGGGCUGUGGAGUUGGUGGAAUAUGAGGAGGGUGCAGUUGAGCUGGGAGGACACGAAGAAGAAGGAGAAGGCGAAGUUGUAGGCGGGACACUGGGCCCGAACGAGACGACACGGUGUGUUUGUUUGCGAGUACGAUGUCCCAGUAAUUCGCCGCCAGAGGCUGUAGGACGGCCAGGUCUCACAGGUCGUCUUGAAUCUCGUUUGCUCGUCCGCGUUGCGUGGCACACUUCUCCAUCCAGUCUUCACCUUCACUUUACCUCCUACACGCCCAUCUCCUCAUUCCGCUGCAACCCAUCACCUCUCCUCUGUAACCCAUU